AUGGCUCCCAAGGUUGCUAUCGUCUUCUACUCGAUGUACGGCCACAUCCAGAAGCUGGCCGAGGCUGAGAAGAAGGGCAUUGAGGCGGCUGGCGGCCAGGCCGAUGUCUACCAGAUCGCCGAGACCCUCAACGAGGAGGUCCUUGGCAAGAUGCACGCCCCGCCCAAGUCGAGCUACCCUGUCGCUGAACCCGCCGACCUCAUUCAGUAUGACGCCGUCUUGUUCGGGAUUCCCACCCGCUACGGCAACUUCCCCGCCCAGUGGAAGACGUUCUGGGACAAGACCGGCGGUAUCUGGGCCACCGGUGGCUACUGGGGCAAGCACGCCGGUCUGUUCGUCUCGACCGGCACUCUGGGCGGCGGCCAGGAAUCGACUCCCCUGGCUUCCAUGAGCACUCUUGCCCACCACGGUUUCAUCUACGUCCCGCUGGGCUACAAGACGGUCUUCCCUCAGCUGUCCAACCUGGAGGAGGUUCACGGUGGUAGUGCUUGGGGUGCUGGUACUUUCUCUGGUGCCGAUGGCUCCCGCCAACCCUCUGCUCUCGAGCUCCAGAUUGCCGAGGCCCAGGGCAAGGCUUUCUACGAGACUGUCGCCAAGGCCAACCCCCAGUGA